AUGGUUGACCUCGAUUUGCCCGAAACACCGGUGCCGGUCUGGCUGGAUUGUGAUCCCGGCCAUGAUGACACCUUUGCCAUCCUCCUAGCAGCCUACCACCCAACAAUAAAGCUGCUAGGCCUCUCAACCGUCUUCGGAAACGCCCCCCUCGAAAAAACCACAAACAACGCCACCUCAAUCCUCACAGCAAUCGGCAAACACAAUGACAUCCCCGUCCACGUCGGCGCCGCAAAGCCAAUGUCCCGCCCGCCAAUGCAGGCCGCCACCGACAUCCACGGUGAAUCCGGCCUGGACGGCACCGACCUCCUCCCCCAACCCUCCAAAGACGCAGACCGCUCCGUACCCGCCAUCGACGCCAUGGCCGCCGCCCUCUCCGCCCAGCCCGCCGGAACCGCCUGGCUCGUCGCCACGGGGUCCCUCACCAACGUCGCCGAGCUCUUCGCAAAGUACCCGGACCUGGUCGCGCACCUCAAGGGCCUGAGCAUCAUGGGCGGCGCCAUCGGCGACGGCUUUACCGACAUUGUACUCGGUGUCGUGGACGGUGUCCCCCGUGUGGGUAACUGGACGCCGUGGGCUGAGUUCAACAUUAUCAUUGACCCAGAAGCCGCCGCUGCCGUGUUUCAUAAUAAGGCGCUCGCGGCCAAGACGACGCUUGUGCCGUUGGAUUUGUCGCAUCAGGUUCUUGCUACCGAGGAGGUGCGGGACGCGCUUCUGUAUGGUACGCACGGCGGGGAGAAGACGGGCAAGGGGAAGACGACGCUAAGGCAGAUGCUGGUUGAGCUCCUCAUGUUCUUCGCCAAGACGUAUAGCGACGUCUUCGGCAUCACAGCCGGACCCCCCCUCCACGACCCCCUCGCCGUAGCCGCCGUGCUGACGGGCACGCGGCACGAGAUCCCCUUUCACGACUACGACGCCAAAAAGGGCAACUGCGUAAAGUACCACGAGCGCUUCGAGCUCACCGUCAUCACGGAGGGCGACCUGGAAGAGGCCAAGACGGGCAAGUCGCAGCUGGGGCGGACCGUCGCGAAAGCCCUGCCGCCGGGGAGCGAGGGCGUGAGGAUACCGCGCGGGUUGGAUAUCCCCAUGUUCUGGCGGGUGAUUGAGGAGUGCACGGAGAGGGCGGACCGGGUUAAUGCGGGUAAGGUGGCUGGGUUGCAGGAGAAUGGGACGUUGGAAAAGUAA